AUGGCGGCGUUGGUCGUGCCCAGCCUUGCCAUGUCUGGCAGAUUUUGUACGAGACCGAUUUCGUCAGUGUUAUCUCAACAUAGGAGUCUGCACAGCACCGCUAAGAACGAAGCCACCUCUACAAGCGUCCUUCCCGUCCGAGAGAAGAGUACAGCGGUGGCGGCUGCCAAGCCAUCGUCUGUAGCCAGCAGCAAGGGUGAAUAUGUCAUCACUAAACUGGAUGAUCUAAUUAACUGGGCACGCAGGAGCUCUCUGUGGCCUAUGACCUUUGGUCUGGCAUGCUGUGCGGUGGAGAUGAUGCACAUGGCUGCACCCCGCUACGAUAUGGACCGUUUCGGCGUGGUUUUCAGAGCCAGUCCCCGACAGUCUGAUGUCAUGAUUGUGGCAGGAACGCUGACUAACAAAAUGGCUCCAGCUCUGAGAAAGGUGUACGAUCAAAUGCCUGAGCCAAGAUAUGUCAUUUCCAUGGGAAGCUGUGCCAAUGGAGGAGGUUACUAUCACUACUCUUAUGCUGUCGUCAGAGGCUGUGACCGAAUUGUGCCAGUGGACAUUUAUGUUCCAGGCUGCCCCCCAACUGCGGAGGCUCUCCUCUAUGGAACAUUGCAGUUGCAGAAGAAGAUCAAACGUGAGAAGAAGUUGGCAAUCUGGUAUCGGAAGUGA